CUUCUUUGCGUUUUCUUCAUUCGUGCAGCGCCAAUCGCGCGGUGUGUGUUGCGUUUUUCUUAUUUGCAAAAUCGUUAAGGAAUGGUAAUGAAAAGUACACAUAUGUAUUUAAAAAGUUGUUAUAGAAAUACAACUUAUGUGAAGCAGCCGCUGUCAAUAUGAAAAAAAACUUCUACCAAGUAAAUCCAUCAAUUUACUUCACAAUAUGUUGGCUUAGGUUCGGUGUGUAUGUCUUUCGGAUUGUGUUAAAUAUAAAACUCUAAAAAUAUGGAAGUCCAAGUGCAAAAAGUGGGAAAUGUAAAACAAAUAUGCGCGCAAUUGUGUCUGUAUAUGUGUGAAAAAACGUCCCCUUACACCCACACACAUACACUUUGGAAAAUUAAACGAAAACCCAGCUCCUCGCCUGUCUUACUCAUUCUUACUGUUGCUUUGGGGAUUUCAGUUCUUCUGCCUUUUGGAAAAUAAACAACAAAUACAUUUAGUUACCGUUAUGUGGUUUUUUAUAAUAUACUAAACUCGUUUCCCAUUCCUUUUUCUUCACUUUUCAGUCGACGCGCCCUAAUUGUUAAUAAUUUGCCCAAAAAUGCAUUUCAACAGUAAAAAACUUUCGUGAAAAACUGAAAAAAAAAAAUAAUUAUAAUCGAAACGUGAGAUGUGAAAAUGUGUAAUGUGAAAUUUAGCAGUUAAGCGCGGAUUAAAUGUAUUAUUUAAAUUAUUGUUUCAAUGAUUUCUAUAAAAAAAAAUUAAAAAACUAAAAAAAAUCGAAAAAACAAACUAAAAAAAGGAAAAAAACAAGAAACAUUUUUUUUAAACUAGUGCAUACAAUAAUAACAAAAACAAAAACAAAGAUUAACAGAACGGGAAAAGAAGGACCACAAGGAGCGAGAGAGUAAAAGGUGAAGGCGGGAGCGAGAGAGAAAAAUGUCAACGUUCUUAAACAAUUUCUUCCCGGCAGAUACGGCUGCUAUGGAUCCAAUUUUCUUCUCGCCAACGAAUGGUAUACCGUCAGAAAGUAAACUCGCUACUUAUAUGAAUCGACAGAAUGUCGCCACAUCGAGCGGUUAUGGGCUGAAUAACGGGUUCUCACUACUUAACUUGGACUCGCCCCUGAAUAAAAAGUCCCAGGUCACGCCGCAGUCGCCCGAGUUCAUUCCAACGCGCUUAAACUCGAACCCCAACUUCUACGCACCAUAUCACAACGCGCCCAUCCAACUGAGUAAUGGGCUCAACGGCGUCAAUGGGUUAACGUCAGCAGUGGCAGCCGCAGCUCCCUCCUCCUCCACGACAUCGGUGUCCGCCUCGGUGACCAUCAGCAAGUCGGGCAACGGCGGAGCCUCCAUGCUCUCGCUGCAGAAGUCCGCCUCCAUCUCCACAGUCACCAUCGCACAACAGCAGCAGCAGCAGCAGCACCCACAGAAGCAGCAGCAGCAGCAGCACCCGCCCUCGGUGGGCGGUGGAGCGGUGUCCGCCGCCUCCGCCCCCAUCGCGAUUAGCGGAGCUCCGCCGAACCCCGCCGCCGCCCCCUUCGUCAGCAGCCUGUCCGCCCAGACGCCGCUCAAGGGGAGGGGCGCCCUGCUGCGCCAGGAGUCGCCCACGACGGCCAUGCUGGCGGGCGAGAAGUCCCCGCCCCACGGGAUGACGCCCCACGGAGCCUCGCCCAUUCCCACAUCGCUGCCCACCAGCGUCCACCAGGAGAACGUGGGCGGCACCAUCUACUUCUACCCGACUGCCAACGCACAGAACAACCAGCCCGUCGGCAACUCCGUGCUGGUGGACAACUCGCACCCCGCUCACCAUGGCGUGAGUUCGGUGGCGCCGAUGAGCGGCGGGGUUCCGGCCAGCAUGAUGUACGCGGGGCACGUGUACCCGGGGCCCUCCUCCAACGUGGUCACCCUGCAGCCGAAGACGCAACUGGAGUCGGCCUUCUUCAUGCCGGACGAGAUGCGCUCCGAAAUCCUUGCCCGCAACGAGAUCUCCAACCUGAUAAUGGACGCAGCGGAGGCCGCGCAGCACGCCCUGCCGCUGGAGGUGGACAACUACCACGCGCUGUAUCCGCUCGAGCCGCCGGCCCAGCCGAUGCACGUCAAGCUCACGCUCCCCGCCAGCACCUACCGGGCCACGCACAACACGACGGGCUACAAGUACUGCCUGCGAAGGUUACACGGUUUCCGCCUGCAGUCGACCAAGUGCAUGACGCUGGUGGAGAUGUGGAAGAAGCUGCAGCACACGAACGUGGUGCAACUGCGCGAGGUGUUCACGACGAAAGCAUUUGGUGAUAACUCUUUAGUAUUAGUGUACGACUACUAUCCCGGCUCACAAACUUUACUGGCCAAAUACUUCACGCCGGCGCCAGAGACCAACGGGUACACUGAUCCAUUCCAAGGCGAGGCCCGCCCCUUCAGUCAUAAGAGCAACAUGAAUCGAACGAGCAACGGACAACUGCUGCCGGAGGCCACCAUCUGGUCGAUCAUCAUGCAGCUGACCGCCGGCCUGAAAGCCAUCCACCACGCGGGUCUUGCCUGCAAGGUCCUGGAUCCCACUAAGAUCAUAGUGACGGGCAAGCGGGUGCGGUUUAGCUCCUGCUGCAUCUCGGACAUCACGCAGUUCGACCCGAAUGCGGCCAAUCCCUUGGCCCUGGUUAACAUGCACCAGCAGGACGAUCUGACUGCUCUGGGUCGCUUAGUAUUAGCGCUGGCCUGCCGCUGCCUCCAGUCCGUGCAACGCGACAACGUCCAGUCGAGCAUCGAUAUGGUUACGCGAAACUACUCCACCGAUCUGCGAAACUUCAUAGUUUACCUCUUCACCACGAACAACCGGCGCUCGGUGACCGACCUGAUGCCCAUGAUCGGGGCCCGUUUCUACACGCAGCUGGACGCCCUGCAGAGCCAAAUCGACAUGCAGGAGGACGAGCUGGCAAAGGAGAUGGAGAACGGACGCCUGUAUCGCAUUUUGGUCAAGCUGAACAGCAUCAACGAUCGGCCAGACUUCAAUCUGGACUGCACAUGGUCCGAGACUGGUGAUAGAUACAUGUUGAAAUUAUUCCGUGAUUUUUUGUUCCAUUCCGUGACUGAGGAUGGCCGGCCCUGGCUGGAUCACGCACACAUUGUACAAUGCCUCAACAAGCUGGAUGCAGGCUCCAUAGAGCGCGUGCAACUUAUGUCCCGCGACGAGCAAUCGGUACUCAUCGUCUCCUAUGCUGAACUCAAGAAUUGUCUGGAGAACGCUUUCUCCGAACUGAUGUCAAGUGCGGCCAACUGAGCACCUCGGGCCAACUGAGACCCACAAUGGGAAGCGGGAAACGGAUCACGGAUCCCGCUCACUGAAAACACGCGCAGCUCACUUAGCCACCCUCCGCAUGACCACAAAGCGACUACGAUUAAACGGAUUAGCCUCUAAGCGAAACAUUCAUUACGACUAAGACAUUUUGAGAACCGUAAACCGUAAACCGUAAACCGUAAAGUAAAGUACGAAGAUGUUUAUUGUUAAGCCAAGCCGAGAAAAGAAAACUAAAAAAACGAAAAAAGAUGAAAACCGAUAUCCAAUGUUAUGUUAGCUCUUAACUAAAUUUUAGGCAUUUAAACUAAAGAAUACAAAGAAGCAACCACAACCACAACAAAUAAACCAACAACCACUUUUUGAAAACGAAAUCUCUCCAAAAGAAAAACUCAAAAAUCCAAAAAAACGCAAACAAACAAAAAGCAAGAAAAAACAUACUUAAAAGCAACAAAAUUUGAAAAAUUUGUUAAAAAAAAACGCAAAAACACAUAAAAAGGGAAAAAGAAAUCAAGCGAAAGAGCCGAGAAAACAUGGAUCUAUUUUUACAGAGCUAAGAGAGGAUGAAAGUAUUUAUAAAUAUGUAUUAAAAAAUCGAAAGAAAAAAAUUGUAAAAUUUUGCAACAAUAAAUAACUGUAAUGACAAAAAUUGCAACAGUGCAGUGCAGCAAAAUCGUUGAGCAACAACAAAAAAAGAAAGAAACCUUCAAUGCAGAGUAGAUGGAUAAGGAUUAUGAGAAACGUAGAGAAAGUAAGAAAGCGAACAAGGAACCACAUCAAAUGUUUAUAAAGCAUGUCUGACAAUUAUCGCCUGCCUCUUCUCCCCUACAGCAAACGAAAACAAAAGCAAAAACAAAAAGAAAGUAAAAGUGUGGAAGAGAAGCUGGAAAGCCGCUGGAAAGUGGAGCAGAAUGCAGAAGCGAAAUAAAUGCGCAGACGGGCAGAAUGAGGACGACCGCGAAACGUUUUUAUUUUUCAAACUGUGUAUUUUUUAUAGCAAAAUAUUUUAAAAAGAAAAACACAAAUUUUCUAAAUACAAUUUAAAAGUUUACAAAAACAAAAUGAAAACGAAAUGAGAUGUGAAACUAUGUAUUUGUAAAGAAAAUGUAAAUGUUGGUUCAUGGAACAUGCAAAGCGACGCACAGCGCGACUCUAGAAAGUAGCUCAACGAGAUACUCAAUCUAACUAAAACUGAAACAGAAACUGAAAAUGAAAAUGAGAAACUCUUAAAACUGUAACCGAAACGAAACCGAGACCGCAAUUAAAAUCGAAACGAAAUUGUCUAGGCCAAUAGCGUAAUAGCGUGAUACAUCCAUAUUGAAAUGCGCUCUCAAAUGAUCUAAGUGAAGCAUAAUGUGAAUUGCCACGCACGCGCUGAACAUCCGAGUACAAUAUUUUGCUAAUGAAAGUCUGUCUCUAGUUGUAAAGCUCCUUCUUCCUCCCCGCUGUAAUCCGUAAUCCCAUCCAGUCCGAAAGUCGCGUUGCGCCUGCGCGGCCGCAUAUCACCCAACCGAGAGAACGAUGAUUACUAAAGGCUUCAACUACUCCGCACCACCACCAAGUCACAUGAAAUGGAAAGCAAGGAACUUUUAAAUACAUAUUAAGUACGGUUUGAUUUCGAGACUCCCGAAAACUGCAUAUUGAUAUCAUUUUUUGUUGCAACGAAAGAACGGCGGAAGGAAUCAAAUCUAAAGGAUCCAAUUUUAUAGAGUCCGCUCGAAAUUCCUCAAAGAAAAUUUCCAAUUUUGGCAAUUUAUCCUAAGUGUUAUACAAGAGUACUAAUAAUUCAAAUCAGUAGAUGCUGCGGUUCGUUUACCAGCUUAGUGUGAUUUAUACUAAUUUUGUACUUGUUGGCUACUCGAUUUAUUCAGAUCAGACGGUUUAUGCAAUUUGGUUCUACUCAAGUUUUACAAUAUUUUUCUUGAUUUUUUACACUUUUGUACUUUUAUCUCUCUUUCUGUUCGUCAAGAUUACUGUGUACUUUAUUUUUAAAUUAUUGUGUACAUCAACGUAAGACUAAUUAUUUAAUUGAAACGAAAAACAAACUGUAAAAAACUUUUUGAAAAAACCAAUAAAAAAAUAAUAAAAUUUUUAAAUGUAGCGAGUGUUUAUUUAUUGUACCUACUUCUGGAUUUUAAUAUCCGUCUGUUUGUGGAAUACUUAUACAAGUUAUAGAUUUGGUCGCAAUGAGUAACCUCCGCUAAGGUGGCAAAAUAUAAGAGGCAUAUAUAAGGUGGAAAUAAAUAAGAGGCAUAUAAGAGUGGAGAAGGCAGGAAAAUUGGGGACUUGCGCACUGCGAGCCGUGAAAACUCUCGAUUUUCUCAUCGCAGGGAGCAUUUAAACAAAGCGCUCACAAAAUCCAUUUCAAGGGAGGGUUCACUUUCAGCCCAAGAGACGGCAACAGCUUUUUACAAAAAACGUUGCUCUCUGGUUAUAAUUCCCAACCCGGUCAAGCAGCGUCGGCAUGGAGUAGCGGAUGAGAAUUGUGGUUCAGGCACUCUGGUUUCUCUUCAAUUGUCGAAUAAAUCUUUCGCCUUUUACUAAAGAUUUCCGUGGAGAGGAGCACUCUAAUGAGUCUAAAAUAAUUUUUAGUAGUGCCCUGUCGCAAGACUGGGGCCAUAA